AGCUUCUCCCGGGAACCACAUACAGAAUGUCCUAAAGAUACGCGGCUAAAACACUCGUGUGUAUUCCUUUCUGCUCUUCUCUUUCUCUCAUUCUUUCCAUCCUUGCAUUGUAGAAGAAAAAAGAUAAACCGCUCGCAGGCAAACAUGUAACCUUGAAGAUAUCAGCAGUGUAUUUAAAAAAAAGACCAAGACGAUUUUCGUAUUUUUGAGGAUUCUCGGGGAAAGUGCACAAUAAGGUGAAAUGCUAUCGCCGCUAUUGUUACUGGGUAUGGCCUUGUCCGUAAUAGGCGGCUACGUGCCACCUGGACCAAGAUUCGCAUGUCCCAAGGACCCGAUUUAUAUUUACCCCUGCAUUUGUCUUCGGGGUAGCGAUAGGGGUUUAUACAUUUACUGUGAAAAUACGAAUCUGGCUAGUCUCAGCCUCGCCUUCACAAAUCUGGGGAAUGAGGGCAUGCCGAUCGAAGAACUGGUUCUGUAUAAAUGCAACAUAGUACGUUUUUACGGACCCGCUCUGUAUCCGUUGGAUGUACGAGUGUUGAGGUUUAUCGACACGCCAUUGAGAUUGAUCGAGGAGCACAGCUUUCUCGGUGUAAAUAGAACUCUUCAGGAGUUCCAUAUAAUAAACAGCAACCUAGAGAAAUUUCCACGAGAAGCAUUGCAAGUUCUCGGCAAUCUUAGCUUGUUGAGCAUCACCGGCCACCGGAUGUCUACUUUGCCGGGAAAUAGUUUCAGUGAAAGCGCGGCGGCUGCAAAAUUGGAAAAAUUGGAGAUUAGUAACGGUACGCUAUCUUCUUUGCCCGCCGAAGCACUGACACCGCUCAAAAAGUUGAAAACGCUCGAUUUCCACGAUAAUAAAAUAAAAGAUCUAAAAAAGAAUCAAUUCAAAGGUCUAAGAGAUACUGAAUUUCUGGAUCUCUCUCACAAUUUGAUUGACAAAUUAGACACAUCUCACUUGGCAGAUCUCGUCAAGAUGGGAUGGUGCAACAUGUCGCAUAAUGCUAUCUCCGACUUGAAGAGAGGAACCUUUGCCCGAAAUUCCGUCUUGAAAGUUCUGAAUCUGAGUCACAAUAAAAUCAGAAAAUUGGAUUCCAAUACUUUUCGUGGCAUGCGUUUUCUCAGGCGAUUGUAUUUGAGCGACAAUCAAAUCAAUGACGUGGGUCGUGGAACCUUUGGUUCUGUUACAAGGAUCGGCACCAUCGAUCUUUCUCGGAAUUUCAUCAAGAAGAUUGAUUUCCAAAUGUUUAAUCAAUUGCAGUUUAUUGAGCUUCUAGAUGUUUCCGAGAAUUUCGUGACGAUCGUGGAAAAAUUAGCGUUCAAAGACAUUUACUUGGCAAAAGUAAAUUUGUCUCAUAAUGAAAUUUCAAAGAUUGAACCAGGUGCCUUCGAGAAUUGCGUGAAUAUUACGUCAUUAGAUCUCAGCCACAAUAAACUCGAGAAUAUUUCGAAAUAUGCUUUCGAUAGCGUGUCAUACGCUAUGGAGCUGCAACUCAGUUAUAAUUUAUUUACGUCUCUCAAUCAAAUUCCAUUGCACAAUAUGACGGGAUUGAAAGUACUAAAUGUCUCUUACAAUUUAAUACAUUCCGUUCCACGGCAGACAUUUCCUAAGCUGUACGAGCUUCACACGAUCGAUAUCUCCCACAAUAAUUUAUCUGAGAUUUACAAUGCCGUAUUUCAGACGCUUUUCAGUCUGCGAUUUUUAAAUAUGUCGCAUAAUUCUCUGGAGAAGAUAAAACCGUCGACUUUCGGGCCAUUGCCGACGCUUUUGGAACUCGAUAUGAGUUAUAAUCAAUUAAACGAUGUCUCGCGAGGGAGUCUUACUCGACUGGCUAGUUGCAGGAGUUUGACGGUGAGAAACAAUCGUCUGACAAAGAUUUUCCAACUGCCAAUUUCUCUAAGUCAUUUGGACUUCUCGGAGAAUCUACUGGAAGAAAUCCCAAGCACCGAUGUAUGGCCUACUAUGAACGCGUUACUCUCGCUAGAUCUUUCGCAUAAUCAACUAGGCGAUAAUCUGCAAGAAAAAAGCUUUGAAAAUCUGCUGACUUUGAGGAUAUUAAAUCUGCAAGCUAACAAUAUCACGAAACCGCCCUGGCAAGCGCUGAGCGGUUUAAGUAGUUUGCAGUAUCUUUAUCUACAAGAUAAUUAUAUGACAAAGCUAGAGAAAGCUGCCUUCGGCCGUUUGCCAAUAGUGUUUGAACUUAAUUUGGCGAAUAAUAGGAUAAAUAAUGUAACGAGCCGUGCGUUCGAGGGUUUAUUGCAGCUGUUGACACUGAAUCUGACAAGCAAUAAUAUCAGCCACAUACCGAACGGCGCAUUUCAGGGUCUCGUGUCUCUGAGGACUCUCGAUUUAUCGCACAAUAGUUUAGAGAAACUGGACAACAAGACGCAUGGACUGCUCGACGACUGUUUGUCUCUGGAGAGGCUCAAUCUUAGCCACAACAAGAUUUCAUUUAUUACUCGGAAAACUUUGCCAAACGAUCCCUGGAUCCCUUAUAGGCUAAAGGAAGUCGACUUAUCUUAUAACACAAUGCCGGUUGUGACCUUCGACCUUAUCGCCGGUGCCAAGAAGAUUCAAUACUUGAAUCUUUCUCAUAACAAUAUUAAUGAGAUUAGGAGAUAUGUAAUCGGAAAUUUAACAGCUUUGGAGACUUUGGAUCUGUCGUACAACGAUAUAAGUGAUAUCUCUGAUCAAGAUGUUUUUCUACCGCCGUUAAAUUUAACCAAUUUACAUCUAAGUAACAAUCAUCUAAGUUAUGUGCCUCUUGAUAAAAUUUUACCAUUACCAAACUUAAAAAUUCUCAAUCUGGAAGAAAACGAAAUCGGCGUUUUCGAUGAGAGAUUUAUGAAGAUUAUCAAAAAUGGCACAAUGCUCAGAUAUUUUGGAAAUCCCAUGCACUGCGAUUGUCAUGCGCGGCCGUUAAAGAGAUGGCUGAAGACUCAAACGCUGCUCCCGACAGAAUGGUCGAACGUGACGUGCGAGAGUCCAAAUUAUCUCGCAAACAAGCCUAUCUCGGAGAUUACCGAGGAUCUUAUGAGCUGCAACGAGAGAGACAUUCAAGAGAAACCUGAACUCGAUAUUACACCCGAUGUGAAAUAUCGAAGUAUCGAAUACAAUAAUGAGGACAAUAGUUGGAAAGCGACGUGGUAUGUGACGUCCCGCGAGGACAUCGGUGAUUUUUACGUAGUGGUUCGAGAAUCCGGCAGCAGCAAAUCCAUGAUCGAGAAGGACGUCAUUUAUAGCGACCGUUCCUUCAGGAUCCAUGAUCUCACCGAAUCGAACAUCAAAUAUGAACUUUGCGUGCUCGCACGCGAUUCCGAGGGAAAUGUCAAGCACUAUAGAAAUUCGCAGUGUCAGAUCUUGAAUCAACAUAGCUCCGAUUCGUCCGCUAGCUUUAGGACAAGUUUGUACUUCGUGAUAAUUAUUGCUUCCUUCUGCAUAUUUAUAUUAUGAAAUUUUAUUAAUGUGAUAAAAUUAAUAUUUAAAAUAUUUAAAGAGAUAUUUUACGUUCAGCAGAAACAGUAAAAUGUACAAAAGUACCUUUAUGUAUGCUAGCUUGUUUAAAAUUUUCAACUAUUUUAGGCUUCUAUCAUACGCUUUAUGUCACGUUGAAGUUCGAAACGAUAUGAUUGCAAAAUAAAUUAAUAUAUAUAUAUGUGAAUAUCGUCGAGAUUGUACAUAAAUCGUAUUAUAUAUCGUUCGAAGAUAAGGACGUUGA